UGUUUCCAAUGUGAGAGAAGGUGAAACCUACUAAAUAUCCCGAGGACUCGGGAAUUAACAGACGGCCAGGACAAUUGACCGAUGAUAUUAGCAAGCUUGACGUGUCCAAGUAAGGUUUAUCUAGCGAGUCUGCGCCUCCUUGGCAAGUCAGCACACCUAUUAGUGACUUUACUAGUAGCAGCAGCUUGUGUGGAUAUCGUAAAUAACUCACUUAUUCAAAUAUGGCUCCUAGGGGAUAGCCACUGUGUUAAACUUGAAGGGUGUGCACGAUUUUUCCUGCAGCAGGUCAGAGGAACAUAUGGCGUCGUGCUAACAAUGUCAACGCAAAUGACGAUUCCGAGUGCGCAACCUCUGAGAAUUCAGUUCGUAGUCGGAGUUGUCGAGUUGCAGGUGACGAUGGCAGCGGCAUGUAUUACUGUUUUAGGGGUACUCGCCUAGCCAACGACAUUAAAUGAGCCUGUGUAGGACGGGGAUUGUCAUCCUCCGAUGUAUAUAUAAAUAUA